AUGAAGAAUCUAUUGGAGAAGGCCAAAGACGACGAGGCGGAUGCAGAGCUUCACCAGUACGAGUCCGACGACGACGACGAGGAGGGUGGUGAGGAGAAGGGUCAGGACGGGCAGACUGGGGGCGGCCUUGGGGCUUCUGGGGCCCUUCCGUCCGACCCAAGAGGGGCAGCUGCAGUGGCGAGAGGCCAGCAGGGUGGCCCCUUGCAGCAAGAUGCAGCAGCAGGAAGCAGCACGCAGCAGCUAAAGGAUACACAGGAAACUCUGGAGGCAAAGGUUGUUCGCGUCAUGCAGCAGCACAUGGGACGAAUGGCUGACUUCAUGAGCGCAUUUAAAGUGAAGGAGAAGAACGAUGACUUCAGACGCAUCCAAGCGGUAGUACACAAAGUCUGCAAGAUGGAGGCAACGGAAGACAAACAGAAGUUUAUAAUCCUCAAGCCAGAGUUCAGGUUGUAG